AUGGAAAGGGCCGGGGUAUUUCAGCUGGGAAACUGCCCUUCAAUAGAAACGCCUGCUCUCCUCCUUUCUACACGUAAAGGGUUACCCCAUUUUAUUUCACCUGACCUCCUCCCUUCUCUUCCUCUCCCUGAUUCUUCUCUCCUUCAAGUUAGCCCUCUUCACUUCCUGGAAGGUAUUUCAUCAAAAACAAUAUCCUCCAUUGGAGGACUACAUAAAAUGCUUGGGUUGAAUGAUUAUGGACUUGUUGCUGUAGCAAGGGAUUCCAUUCAAUGCCUGCCAGAAAGUAGUGCCACAAAUAAACUUGGUGCUUCUUUCGAAACUCCUUGUGGUCGUGCUUUGAUUAAACCUACAGAAUACAUGGGAAUGAUUUCUUCUUUGAGGCCAAAUCUUUGGGCCACUUUGGCUGAUGAAGUACCUGCAUGGGUAUCAAAGAAGAGGAACAAGAUUUCAGUUGAUCGAACUGUAAAAUGGCUUGAUGAAUGCAUUGCACUAAGCCCGGCAGAUGGAGUUGCAUUUGGAGCCAUAGUUGGAGGGUCGGAUGUAGAAGAACGGAGACGAUGUGCACGAGAAAUAGCAAAGCGCAAUGUAUCAGGUCAGAAAACUAUGCUCUGCAUUGAGUGGGGCUCUGCAAAUAGUCUGAAGUUUGAAGGUGUUGAAGUGCCACUAAGAUGCGUUUUUGCAGGUUAUUGGAUUGGAGGAUUUGGAUUUGGAGAGAGCAUGGAUGAGCGCCCUGCUUUGCUAAGUGUUGUAACUGAUAGUUUACCAAAGGAAGGGCCACGUCUAAUCAGUGGGCUAGGGCUGCCAGAGGAAGUGUUGCAGGGUGUUGCUGCUGGCAUUGAUCUUUUUGACUCAUCGUAUAUUUACCAUCUGACUAUUGGAGGAUUUGCACUUACCUUUCCACUGGAUACCAAAACAAACACAUCUGAUUUUAAGUUGACUGGUAUGGGAACUGACCAUACAAAGAUUAAUCUGAAAGCAACUGUUUACAGACAUAAUACACACCACUAUCUGGGAUUCUUCCAGUCAAUAAGAGAAGCAAUCAAAGAAGGCAGAUUCAACCAAUUUCAGCAGAUGUUUGUUGAGAAAAGGCGUAAUCAUCUUGCUGAAGUUGCUGUAUGUGCAUGA